AUGGAGGGCCCAACCCCCCCCAUCAAUAUCGUGUCCCGGAACACAUCCGUCUCCCCACCAGGCCACCAGGCUUCGAAUCUGACCUCUGCCCUCCAACGAGCUUCAACGGCAGACAGGCCGGCUGGUGCCGCGAAUUCCAAUGUUCCCAGUUCCAUCGUGUACAAAGCAAAUGCCGUUCGCAAGGACUCGAUUGGCGCAAGCAUGACGCAGUGGGGGAACGGCACGAAGCCAAUCACAGUGACUGGCUCCAACAGGGAUAAGCAGCGUCGCGAGAGUUUAGCAGGUAGUUUGGUUGGAGGCAUGAGCUGGGGAGGUGUGUCCGUUGGCAGUUGGAUUCGAGAUGACAUCCUUAUGACCGGAACUUCUCCCUUCACACUACAGUCUCCUUCGUAUCAUUCGUCGUCGUACCUCCCAAAACUUGAAGCUAACUUCAUGCGAGAUUUUUCUUGCUGCGGCGUUACAUUACCAUCCCUGCACGACUUACUGCAACAUUAUGAAGAGGCACAUGCGCAAAAGUCACCACAACCACCACAAUCUACUACCCAGACAGGCCAAAUUUCUAUGAGUGACAACCGAUCUGGCGUUCCUGGCAGUGUGCGAAAUCAAGGUCAACAGAGCCAGCAAUCAGAUACCGGCGCUGGUGGUAAUCAAAAUCGAGGCGUAUCAUCCCCGCGAUCGAACCAAAAUCAGCAAACCGCAAACCAUAUGGCUUCGCCAGCGCCACAACAUCCUCAGACACAACACGGCGGCUUCGGAGCUCAAAGUGACCUUUCUGAUCUUGACACAGUUGAGGAUAUGGAGAUGGACGACCCUUUGGCAGAAAAUAAUUUCCAAAAUUCACGGCCCCGAGGCGGUCCCAUACAGGGAAGAUUUGGACAGCAGAAUCAAGGAAGUCUAACGCCACUCAACCUAAGUAUGCUUCAGGGACAUCAAGGCUUACGGAAUUCCCAGCCAGGCACUCCAGUAACGCCUGGGCGCCCACUCCAAAACAAUCCAACUGUAUCGUCUGUUAAUACCCCUACCCUCGUCACACAUCAACUACAACAGCAGCAACAAAAUUCUGGGUACCGUGGUACGCCAGAUUCAUCUGCGCCAGGGACUCCUGCUGAACUUGACGAGUCGAUCAUUGGAGAAUUCGGCGACAUGUCAAUGAUGCAAAAUAAUGCGCUAACGGGAGCCCAAGGGCAAUUUUCCGGACUUGGCGGCGGAAAUGAUAUGUUAAAUCUGUUUAUCGACGAGCCAGCCAAGAGAUUGUUUAGUCCGACUGGCGGGUUCAGUCAACAACAAAGUAUGCUCAACAGGCUAGGAAAUCAGCCGUACGGACCCAACAGCCAAAUAGCGCAACGGAUUCGAGAACAGCAACUUCGUGCAGGUGUACCAGACACGACGCUUGGGUUGCUACCGAACGAAGAACCUAAACCAUUUAGAUGCCCAGUCAUAGGCUGCGAGAAAGCAUAUAAAAACCAGAACGGCUUAAAAUACCACAAGGCGCACGGCCACAACAACCAACAGCUCCACGAUAACGCUGAUGGUACCUUCUCAAUCGUCAACCCAGAAACCUGUACUCCUUAUCCAGGAACGCUGGGCAUGGAAAAGGAGAAGCCAUUCCGCUGCGAAGUCUGCGGUAAACGAUAUAAGAACCUCAAUGGCCUAAAGUACCACAGAUCGCAUUCACCCCUUUGCAACCCAGAACUCCAACUCGCUGCUGGCCGAAACCUUGGUGUGGGCGGGGUUAUGCAAGGGCAAAAUAUUAAUGUCGCUGGAGCUGGCCUCCCUGGGAUUGGCGAAGAGGGGCUGUGA